UAUUGAGCGUUGAAUCACGUGUUUGUCUAUAUAGUUACUCUAGAAUAAUCUUGCGUGCUAUUAGGUUGCGAACAUGUCUGGUGAUCGUCAAGCAGCUGUUCACCUACCAGUACUCUGGGCCCAAAGGAAUGAUUGCCUCUACAUCACUGUCGUUGUUAGUGAUGUAGUAAAUAAGACUGUUAAUGUUAAAGAUAAUUCCCUAGAGUUUAGAGCGGAAGCAGGCAAGGAUAAACCUAUUGAAUAUGAAGUUAAACUUGACUUUUAUGGAAAUGUUUGUACAGAGGAACCAAAAAUUACUACUUCCGGUCGAGAAGUUUUUAUUUGCAUAAAAAAGAAAGAAAAUGGUUCAUGGCCACGUCUACUUUCACAGAAAACAAAAUGCCCAUGGUUGAAAACAGACUUUAAUCGCUGGAAGGACGAGGAUGACUCAGAACCUGAUAUGGAUGGAAAUAACUUUUCUAAUAUGUUGUCUCAGAUGUCCAAUUUUGGUGACUAUGGAGGCGAUGAUGGUAUAGACGGUGAUCUCGAUUCUGACGAUGAAGACCUCCCUGAUUUGGAAAUGCCAAAUGCAGAUGCUAAGAAGUCUGAAGAAAAUGGAACCGAAGAAGAAACGGAGAAAAAGACACCUGAAGAGGAAGCUUUGCCAGUUAAUUGAGAAGUGAUCCAUCAUUCACCCGGUGGUUGUUUGUCUAUGAACCGCCUGUAUAUGCGCAUUUUACACUUUCACCAUUGACUAUGUUCUUAUUACAGCCUUUUACGAACAGUAACUAGGAUCAGUCUAUUGCUUAUAUGUUGCGAGAAAAGGUUGAUAAUACUUCAAAAGCAUGAAUAAUCUUUUGGUAGUGACUGUGAUGAAUAGGCAAAGCAUUGUGGUUCAAAGCGUUCUGUCAAUUACCUGUAGUAGGCAUCAAGUCGCGGUUGACUAUGAUCACCACUACAGGAAGACUACGUGCCAGUUACCAGGUUAGAUCCCCCCGCAGGCUAAAUAUCAGAAGGCAGUUGAUGGUUUCAGUCGAGAUGUAUUUGUUGGCGAUCUAGGGGUAACGUUAUAAUACCAAGAUCGUGCUAAAAUCCACAAGCGAGACUACUGAGCGUAAGAGAGUUCGUGUAAGGUCAUAAACAACGGAAGAGUGUGUCUUUUUGGUACACUUAAAAAAACAGGUACAGUAAGACAAUCACGAGUACAGUUGGUUACAAUAAUUAUAAUUUCCAUUAUGCCAAUCGGGUUCUCUUCAUAAAAGUAGGUCACUACAUACCGUUAAACACUUAACAGUAAAUAUACUGUAAAACACGACAACGGGCAGGAGGAAGGUGUUGAUUGCGCAAAGUUAUAAAGUAUUUAUAUGAUACAUUAUACACAUCUUUCAAUUGUUCAUUUGCAUCUUUCGAUCAGUUCUGCUAUCUGAAUUGUCUACUCGUCUGAUCUCUAGAUGUUCUGACAACACCAUGCUUUCGAUGCACUGAAACUCUUCACUCCAUCUGACAACUGUAAAAACUUCAACAUCACGUUCCGCUACACACCUCUAGUAAAUAGCGUCCACAACAAUACCACACUACAGCAUUAAGUUUCUUAAUUUAUAAUUCAAACUAAAAACUUAGUCACUAAGUUCUCUAGUUGAUGUCAAUCUGUGAUGAGAAUAUUCUUGAGUUGAAGUAUCCUGUGUAAAUCAACCAACUAAGCAGCGAUCAUGUCUUCGAUCAGUUUCAAAUUAAAGAGAUUCUUUAAGGUCUCCUGAUAAGUAACUAGUGAAAUUUAACUAUGAGGUGGCAGAGAAGAUUUGUAGUUCAGAUGGAUGAUUUUGGUGGAGUUUUGUACUCUAAGCUGGAUGGUUUAGUCGUAGAACUUUCGUUCUUCUGUACGACAUCAUCAGCACCAACUUCAAGUAGAGGUGAAGUGUUUGAACUUCUCUACAUAUGACUCACAACUUGUCCUGUAGACCUCGGACUUGAUCGAUUAUUUUUUUAACCUUUAACCAGUCAUUGUUCACUUCUUUAUUAUGAUUGUAUCUCCCAAUGAUUUGAUUCAUGAUCCUAUAUUUGUCCAUAACUUUUCUGGUUAGUUGAUAAAUUGGAUCGAUUUCAAUAUGUUUAUUGAUCGGUGACUGACCUGAGUGCCAAACUUCUAGAAAUUCUCUGAUACGUCUAGAAUUCUCUCUCUCUCUCCAAAAUCUCAAGAUUUUCCCAGUCGAACGUUUGUCCACAAGCAUUGAUAUAGGCGAGGAUAUGUCAUGACGUUUUACCGUUAAUUGAUGUUUAUACAGGCGAAGAUUAUGAUGUUCAGAAGAAUGAUGAAAGCUCCACGACCAAACCAUUCAGCUCAAAGAUCAAACCUCCACUGGAGUUCAAUCAUACCUGAAGUGAGAUAUAUCAUCGAUAGCAUUUACUGUUGAUUAACUUCUGACCAACGAUAGUCACAGAGAUCGCAUAGUGAUGUUUUGUUUCAAUCCAUGAUGAUGUGGAAUCCAGAAUAAUAGAAAGUUUCUAAAUGGCUACGAUAGCGCUACUCAGCAACUAAUCGAAUUCAUUGUAUUUACUUAAACUACAUAUUAACAUGUUCACAUUCUACACAAAUAGAUCAACUAAUGGAAUCCACAGUAAAGAUGGAAGAAUACAUUAGUGCAUCCCACUAGAUCAACGGAAACUAUGGCAAUUUUAUUGAUAUCCAUCUUAAGAAUGUAAUAAACAAAUGUGAUUUUGCUAAUAUUAUUGCCUAGCGGAAAUCUAGACUUCUAGAAGAUCAAAUGUUAUGUGAAUUACUUAGUCUGAUUUCCAAUUUUUGAGAAUAAUUAUAACAUGGAAGCAAAUGAAUGACUUUUUGAAUUACAUUCGGACCUUAUAACGUGUGAAAAUAUCUACAUAGAUAGUCAGUCAGCUACAGUGUAGGACCAGGUACAUAUAUACAUCGGUCCAAGUUGCCAUACCUCAUUAGCACAACAAAAUGAACACCACAUUCAUAGAAGUAGUUAAUUCAGAGGUGGUAAUAUAUAAAAGAAGGAUUGUGUAUAAGGACAUAGUAGAGGGAGAAAGAAUUAGUUCGUAGAAAGGAAGAUAUGAUACGAUUUUAAUCUCUUAGUUUAAAGGAAGAGAGAGAGUGUAUACACCUACACCAUUGUGAUCGAUUCUGAGUCAUGUCACCUAGAGUCUCCAACCAUUGGUUACGAUAGUCAUGC